UGCGCAUCUCGAACUCUAGCCAACGAUAUUUAUGUAUCUGUGGCGCUACAGCGGAAGAGCUGAGGUUGUUUCACUUCGCGCAUGCGUGUCUGUUUUGCUCCACGUUUGGACCCCAUGUGCGUUCUGAGAAUAACACCCGGGACUUGAACGUGCAGCACGUGUGUACCGGAUUACAGUUAAAAAAACAAAACACUAACAGCCCGCUGAACCGAGCACACCGGUCUGAAACAUGCCGAAAUCGAAGAAAUCCAGAGGCGGGGGAGACGGGGGCGAUCUGAAAACCAUGAAGGGUAUGCCGCUGGCUGAUCAGAUACUGCAGGGCGGUGCAGUGAGGCCGAGCGGCCGGGUGAAGAGCCGCGACCACCGGGAGGAGGGAGAGGACCAGUACGUCAACGAGAAGCUGUCCCGGAAGAUCCUGGAACAGGCCAGGAUCCAGCAAGAGGAACUGGAAGCGGAGUACGGGACCGGGAGCAAGGCGGAGAGGAAAAAAACACAGACCACUGUCCUGGGUUCUGGGUCCCGGGACUCUGACUCGGAGGAUGAUUGGCCCUGCCUGGGGUCUCAUGCUGGCAGAGAGGAGGAGGAGGAGGGGUGUGGGGGCGCAGCUGUGCAGGUCGACACGGAGGAUGAGAAGGCCAUCGAGAUGUUCAUGAACAAGAACCCGCCUCUCAGACAGACGCUGGCUGACAUCAUCAUGGAGAAGAUCACAGAGAAGCAGACGGAGGUGGAGACGAUGAUGUCCGAGGUGUCGGGGGUGCCAAUGCCACAGCUGGACCCCAGAGUGCUGGAGGUGUACAAAGGGGUGAAAGAGGUUCUCUCUAAAUACCGCAGUGGGAAGCUGCCCAAAGCGUUCAAGAUCAUCCCAGCGCUGUCCAACUGGGAGCAGGUUCUGUACAUCACUGAUCCUGAGGGCUGGUCUGCAGCCGCGAUGUACCAGGCAACCCGGAUCUUCUCCUCCAACCUGAAGGAGCGCAUGGCUCAGCGCUUCUACAACCUGGUGUUGCUGCCCCGCGUCCGAGACGACAUCGCGGAGUACAAGAGGCUCAACUUCCACUUGUACAGCGCGCUGAAGAAGGCGCUCUUCAAACCCGGAGCCUGGUUCAAAGGAAUCCUGAUCCCGCUGUGUGAGUCUGGGACCUGCACCCUUCGCGAGGCUGUGAUCAUCGGCAGCAUCCUCACAAAGUGCUCCAUCCCGGUGCUGCACUGCAGUGCAGCGAUGCUGAAGGUGGCUGAGAUGGAUUACAACGGAGCCAACAGCAUCUUCCUGCGGCUCAUGAUCGACAAGAAGUACGCGCUCCCCUUCCGCGUGAUCGACGCCCUGGUCUUCCACUUCCUGCGUUUUCGUAGCGACAAGCGCGAGCUGCCCGUGCUGUGGCACCAGAGCCUGCUGACCUUGGCACAGCGCUACAAGGAGGACCUGUCCUCCGAGCAGAAGGGGGCGCUGCUGGAGCUGCUCAAGGUGCACACACACCCCAGUAUAUCUGCAGAGGUCAGGAGGGAGCUGGUCAACUCCAAGUGUCGAGAUCUGGAGACUGCUGAGCCACCCAUGGCUUUGGACUGACCCUAAAACACACAGUGCACAGAUUACAAGAUACACAGCCUUGAGGGCUCUAUAGUGUGAACUGGUUUUCAUAUGGCUGUAUCUCUUGCACUCUUCUUAUUGAGAUGGGACAUAUAAUGUGAGGCUUGUAACUGCAGCUUUACCAUGAGGGAGUGCCUGUAGAUGCUGUUGUGAUGCUAUGUGCCAAGAGUGCUUAUCAUUGUGUGUAGUGUUCUGUACAGACUGGGGUUCACAAAAGGUUAUAAUUAAAGAUAACUAAUUUGAGGUGAUGUAGGUUCCCCACCCAAUAUCUCAAUGGACUGAUUUAAAUGCACAGAAUUAAACCAGUUGGAUGGAGAUGUA